UCCUUCCCUCCCUCCCUCCGCGUCUGGCGCGCUGCACAAUGGCGGCUCCCGGCCCCGGCUCUGGCUCCGGAGGCGGCGGGUCCCAGGCGGCGCACACGACAGUCAGCAGCAUGCAGGGCUUUCAGAUAAACUUCUGUGAAAAAGCACAAAACUGUUGCUGUGAGGAGAUAGGAGGUAAGCGCAGAGCACUGAAGUUGAAUUUUGCAAACCCACCUUUCAAAUCCACAGCGCGAUUUACUUUGAACCCUGGAGUUCCUUUUCAGAAUCCACACAUUGAUACACAAGCAACAAUGGGUAGUAAUCACAUUGCCCCGUUCACUUUCAAAAGGAGAGAAGCGGAGAUGAUCGUGAAACUGUCCAGCAGGCUACAAGAGAGACUGAGAACACACAGCAUUGAAUCAUCAGGAAAAUUGAAGAUUUCCCCUGAACAACAUUGGGAUUUUACUGCAGAGGACUUGAAAGAUCUUGGAGAAAUUGGACGAGGCGCUUAUGGUUCUGUCAACAAAAUGGUCCACAAACCAAGUGGGCAAAUUAUGGCUGUUAAAAGAAUUCGUUCAACAGUGGAUGAAAAGGAACAGAAACAGCUUUUAAUGGAUUUGGAUGUAGUUAUGCGAAGUAGUGAUUGCCCAUAUAUUGUUCAGUUUUAUGGCGCACUCUUCAGAGAGGGUGACUGUUGGAUCUGUAUGGAGCUCAUGUCUACCUCGUUUGAUAAAUUUUACAAAUAUGUAUAUAGUGUAUUAGAUGACGUUAUUCCAGAAGAAAUUCUAGGCAAAAUCACUUUAGCUACUGUGAAAGCACUAAACCACUUAAAAGAAAACUUGAAAAUCAUUCACAGAGAUAUUAAACCUUCCAAUAUUCUUCUGGACAGAAACGGAAAUAUUAAACUCUGUGAUUUCGGCAUUAGUGGACAACUUGUAGACUCCAUUGCCAAAACCAGAGAUGCUGGCUGCCGGCCCUACAUGGCACCAGAGAGGAUAGACCCCAGUGCAUCCAGGCAAGGAUAUGAUGUCCGCUCUGAUGUCUGGAGCUUAGGGAUUACAUUGUAUGAAUUGGCCACAGGACGGUUCCCCUAUCCCAAAUGGAAUAGUGUAUUUGAUCAACUGACACAAGUAGUCAAGGGAGACCCACCACAGCUGAGUAACUCAGAGGAACGGGAGUUCUCCCAAAGUUUUAUCAACUUUGUCAACUUGUGCCUUACAAAGGACGAGUCCAAAAGGCCAAAGUAUAAGGAGCUUCUGAAACAUCCCUUCAUCCUAAUGUAUGAGGAGCGAACAGUGGACGUUGCGUGCUAUGUUUGUAAAAUCCUGGAUCAAAUGCCAACGACUCCGAGCUCUCCAAUGUAUGUCGAUUGAUACUGCUGCUACGUCAAAACUCUAGUGCAAAUGCUGAGAAAAAGCAAGAUGUACAGAAUCUUCACCCCGUAUUGCAGUGUUUUAACGCUCGCCCAGACACCAUGUGCAAUAAUGUUGGUGUUUUUCUUCCAUUCUGUCUGUAUAUUAUUGUCACUUAUAAAGUGCAUCCAUGUAAUAAUACCUGAUCACAGUGUUAGUGUCAGUCAAAGAGAGACCUCAUUUUGCUCUUUUUGUGGACAUAUUCAUAAAAUGUGGAAAUAAGUAACACUUUAUUUGUUGACCAUGAUUGGAUAGCACCUAAAGUUAAUUUCUAGACUCAGAGACUUCUCAGCAGCUACUGGAAUGAUUUUAUUCUCUCAAACUCUUCCAAUUGUUACAGGUAAUAUAAAAGAAAGGAAGUUAGGCAUUGGCCUGAUUCUGAACAUAAACUGCUUCGGGAGAAAGAAACUUUUAUGCAGCCAAAUGAGCUACUUUUACCUUCUGAGGCCAACAAAGGCAAAGGGGGGAUAAUAUAUAUAUUUCUUCACAAAGUGCAAUAGAUUAAUUGAUUUGAAAUUCUGUUGCUUUUCAGUCACAGUAUAUGUUUUGAAGACAAUUGUGGCUCAGCAGAACUUCAUAUUUUGGAGGGAGAAAGAAGUGAUCAUGUAAAAUGGACUAUGUCUUUACCAAAAAAUAAAAAAGCAUUGCAUUGAAAGGAGCUAACAAUUAAACUCAUGAGAGUAUGAGUUUGAACUCAUGGAGAAUAAUGUAUUGUUUCAUUUUCCAAGCAAGCCACUUUUCACUAGAACUAGGUGUCCUGUAAAUUGUUACCUGGUGAGAUAAGACUUUUACCUGAGGAAUUAUUAAACCACUCAGUUGAAUUUAA